CUGGUCGGCUUGCGGAAGUAGGGGCCGGGGGAGGCUCUGGAGGCCACCAGAUGCUGAAACGGAGUCUUCGUUAGUCUUACUCUCUGGCCACCAGGUGAAGGUGAGAAGAGGGGCGUCAACUUGACAUCCAGUCCGUCCCGGGAACCUGGAGAGGGGAGCCCAGCCGCCUUGGCCACCGCAGGUAGACAGAAAAGACUAAGUAGAAAACUUCCAGGAGGAGGCGACGCGGCUGAAGGUCGGAGGCGCAGAGCAGCUUAACCUGAAUACCAGGAUCCUGCCCCUUCUGAAAGACCAGGCUAUGGAAGCUAUGCUCCUGACAGCCACAUGGAAGGAGUUGCUGUCAUUUGAGGAUGUGGCUAUGUUCUUCACCAGAGAGGAGUGGGAAAACCUUGAUUCAGCCCAGAAGUACCUCUACAGAGAUGUUAUGCUGGAGAAUUACAGAAACCUGAUCUUCUUGGGAUUUCAGUUCCCCAAACCUGAGGUGAUCUCUCAGCUGGAGGACUGGGAAGAGCCAUGGAUCCUGGAUCUACCAAGCGCUGGGAAUAGGAAAGCUUCCAGUAGUGCUUGCCCAGGUUCUGAAGCCAGACACAAGAUGAAAAAGUUAACUUCAAUGCAGAAGAUUUCUGAAGAAUUAGUAUCAUAUGAGGUAUCAGUGGUAAAGCAAGAGAAGGCCAAGAAAACCUCUGAAAAGUUAUAUAAAUGUAAUGAAUUUGUGGACAGUUUCAGACUUGCACUCCCUGUUAGUAGUGAUGAUUGUGAGGAGGGCUUCUUUGAAAACCUUAAUUUUAUUGAAGAUCAGAACUCUCAAACAAAGGAGCAGGGCAGAUAUGCCGAAUAUGGGAAACCUUUCAAUCAGAGGUCAUUGCUUUUUAGGCAUAAGCAAAUUCUUAAAAGACCAAAAUGUUAUGAAUGCAGCAAAUGUGGACUAGUGAUCAGAUGUGAGACAGAUUUUGUUCAGCAUCAAAGAAUUCACACUUCAAAGUAUCCUUUUGAGUGUAACAUUUGUGGACAAGCCUUCAAACAGAAGUCAGCUCUUAUUGUCCAUAAAUGUUGUCACCCACCAGAAAAACCAUAUGAAUGUCGGGAUUGUGGAAAGUUUUUUCGUCAGAUCUCAUAUCUUGUUGAACAUAAAAGGAUUCAUACGAAAGAAAAACCCUAUAAAUGUAGUGAAUGUGAGAAAACAUUUAGUCAAAAUUCAACCCGUAUUCGACAUCAGUUAACCCAUAGUGGAGAAAAACCCCAUAAAUGCCUAGAAUGUGGAAAAGCCUUCAGCAGGCACUCAACCCUUAUCAGCCAUCAACAAAUUCAUAUUAGAGAGAACACCCAUAGAUGUAGUGAAUGCGGGCAGUCCUUUAGUCGAAACGUAGAUCUCAUUCAACAUCAAAGAACCCAUACCAAAGAGGAAUUCUUUCAGUGUAGAGAAUGUGGGAAAACGUUUAGUUUUAAGUCAAAUCUUUAUCGACAUGAGGUCAUUCAUACUGGACAGAGACCAUAUAGGUGUGACAAAUGCGGAAAAUCUUUCAGCUGGCGCACAAGCCUUAUUAAGCAUCAGGGUACUCACAGAGGACAGAUAUCUACAAGAUGUUAACAGGAAAAGCUACCAUGUAGAAAUGACAACCUAAUCAACUACUGCAGGGCAGGGCCGAGAUGGCGGAGUAGUCAGACGCUUCCUGUGGUCCCUCUUAAAACAAAGACCUGAAAAAACAAGUGAAUCAAUUGUAUAUGACAAGCUAGGAGCCCUGAACAUCAAAGGCAAAGUUGAGGAAUUGGACUGAGUGUCAGGAGGAGGGAGAAAUGGUUCAGAAGUGGCAAGGAAUUGCCAAACCUGACCUGGUGGGAACCAGCACCCUGCAGGCUGAUUCUGCUGGUGUGAAUGCAGUGAGGCAAGCAGUGGCAUUUGGGAUGCAUUUUCCACAUCAGGAGAGAACAAAUGGCUGAGAGUCUGCUCAACCCUCCAGAACAAGUGAGAAGCAGCCCUUACCCGGCAAAAAACAAGUACCUGCAGUAAACCUACCUUGUGGAUCCAAAAAUACUCCUUUGGGAAGAACCUAUCUCCUACUUACCUGAUCCCUUCCCACUCUGCACUGAGUCCCAGCCGACCACAUCCCCUGGGCCAGAAGAAGGACCCGGCACUCGCCCUGGGCCAUGCUCCUGGCCUUGGAGAGGGAACAAAUUAACAAACAGGGAAAAAAUACUCUGCUGGUUCCCCUAAGCCAGGAACUCAGGGAAGAAACCACUCCUUUGCCUAGGCACAGGCAUAAGGGGCCCAUGGACUUUGAAUGCCUUUCACCUCUGCAUACCUGCGUGGGCCCAUUUCAUCAGCAUAGGCCCUUUUUAGCAAAGUACAACAGGUUAUAUAUCUGAAGCCUAACCUCAACUGUUUCAGCUACAUGUUGGAGAGGUAGGUUCGUGACAUUUGACACCGCUCUGUCUAUUAAGCAAGGCUCUCACCUACCCACAUCAGGGGCCUGAGGACUGGUGGCUCCACCCAUGACACCUAGCCACCCAUGACAGGGGUACAAGAAUAAGUGGUGCCUCCCAGUCCUACAGCCAACAGCACUGGGUGCCUAUAGUCUGGCUGCAAAACCCACCCAUCUAUGUGCUCUAGGUAACAGGAAAACGCUUUCGUCACAGAUACUCAGGGGCAGUUGUCAGCCCCCUGUCUUGCUCAGCACAUGCCCCCCUGUGGCCAGAUACCUGUGCCUACACCAGUCACCCCUUCUUGUCUAGGACUAUAGGUGAGAGCCUGCACUACACACUUGGUGACUGACUACCUGGACACCUGAGCUGAGAAGUGAACAAGAAAAGUGAACGGACUGCUGGGCUUACAUACCUAGUAACGGCAUUAGAGCUUCAGAGGCACCUGGUGACAGGAUAUUAGAGCUUCAGAGGCACCAAUAUUCAAACUAGCUCACUUGAGCAGCCUAUUUGGGCAUAUCAAAACAAGAACCUAGGACACAGUAAGCAAACAUUAAAUAAGUAAAUACAGUAACAUAUUGAUGGCUCAGAGAUAACAGUCAAUAUCAAGUCACAUAAAAAGGCAGACCAUGAUGGCUUCAGCAAGCUCCCAAAACAAAGAACCAAGACAUAUUCCGGAUGAAGAGAACUUCCUGGAAUUACUGGAGGUAGAGUACAAAAGAUUAAUAUACAGAACUCUUAAGAGAUCAGGAAGGAGAUCAGGCAAAACACAGAACAAGCAAAGCAACACACAGACAAAGCAUUGGGAGGAACUUAAGCAGAUUAAACAAGAGCAUAAUGACAAAUUUAGUAGGCUACAAGAAUCCAUAGAGAGCAAACAAAUUCAGAAGAUAAAUAAAAUUUCAGAAUCAGACAAUUCAAUAGAAAGUGAUAAGAGCAGAAUUGAGGCAAUGGAAGUCAGAAUUAGUGAGAUUUUGAAGAUAAAGCACUUGACACCAACAUAUUUGAGGAAAAAUCAGAUAAAAGAAUUAAGAAAAAUGAAGAAACCCUGAGAAUUACAUGGGGCUCUAUCAAGGGGAAUAGCUUACAAGUGAUUGGAGUACCAGAACAGGGGGAUAACAGAAAAUACAGAGAAUUGUUGAAGAUUUGUUGGCAGAAAAGUUCCCUCAAAAGAUGAGAAGAUAUCUAUCCAAGAGGCUCAUCAACCCCCACACAAGGUAGAUCCCAAAAGAAAGUUACCAAGACAUGCUAUAAUCAAACUUGCCAAAACCAAAGAUAGAGAAUUUUAAGAGCUGCUAGGGAUAAAUGAAAAGUCACUUGUAAAGGAGAGUCAGUAAAACUAAGCUCGAACUACUUGGCAGGAACCAUGCAGGCAAGAAGGCAAUGGGAUGACAUUUAUAAAGCCUUGGAGGAAAAAAUUGCCAGCCAAGAAUUAUAUAUCCAGCAAAACUGUCUCUCAAAUGUGAUUAUGAAAUUAGGACAUUUCCAGACAAACAGAAGUUUAGGAAAUUUGCAAAAACACAAACCAAAAUUACAAGAAAUACUAAAGGGAGUCCUCUGGUUAGAAAGUCAGUAACAUCAGAUAACCCAAAACUAGAACACAGGACAGAGCAACCAAAUAUCAACCCGGAUAGGGAGAUCACAAAAAUAAAGCUAAAACGCUGAUAACAUCAUUAUGUAAAAGAUGACAACAUUAAAACAGAAAAUAGGACUAAAAUGUAAUCAUGGAUCUUUCGUAUGGAGAGGAAGUCAAGGCAAUGUAAAGAAAUAAAAGAUUGGUUUAAACUUAGAAAAAUAGGGGUAAAUAUUAAGAUAACCACAAAGGAAACUAAGAAUCCUACACAUCAAAAUGAAAAACAAGAAAAACAUAAAGACUCAGCAAAUACAAAACCAACAACAGUGAAAAAGAGGAAAAGAAAAUACGUAAAGAAAAAUGACUCGGCACAGAAAAUUAAGUGAAACAAAGGGACUGUCAAGGAUACACACACAAAAGACAUCAAAAUGACAGCACUAAAAUCGUACCUAUCAAUAAUUAUGCUGAAUGUAAGUGGAAUAAUGCACCAAUAAAGAGUGGCAGAAUGGAUAAAAAAACACAGUCCAUCUAUAUGCUGCCUACAAGAGACAUACAUUAGACUUAAAGACACAAACAAACUAAAACUCGGAUGGAAAAAAAUGUAUCAAGCAAACAACGAUCAACUACUGCAAGCAUAUAUAAUUUGAUUUGUUUCCUGAAAUGUAAUAAAAAGGAACUGAAAUGG